UUUAAUUAAGAAUACCCAUAUUAAAUUAAUCAAUACACCACUCUAACUCACACACAAAUAUAUAUAGCUUAGAAGCCUUUGCCAAAAAAAUACCAAAAGACCCACUCUCUUUUCUGAAGUGUGGUCUAAGCUGAGUAUUGUCCCAAUAACAAGUCAGUUGAUUGAAAUGGCAAUGAUACUAGCUUUGAUUUUGUUGAUUUUUCUGAGCACAAAUGGGGUCAUCGAAAGCCGACAAGCAAAGGCAGUAGUGCAGUCAUCAAUGGAGGGACUUGAGUACUCGGCCAUCAGUUGCAGGUCACACAGCGCUUCGUUGACAGAUUUUGGAGGAGUUGGUGAUGGAACGACACUAAACACGGCGUCGUUUCAGGCUGCAAUCAAUAGUCUGAGUCAGUUCUCGUCGGACGGUGGAUCUUUACUCUUCGUUCCACCUGGGAAAUGGUUGACCGGAAGUUUCAAUCUCACCAGCCAUUUCACUCUUUUUCUUGACAAGGACGCUGUUUUACUCGCUUCACAGGAUGAGAAUGAAUGGCCAGUGAUUGAACCUUUACCAUCAUAUGGUCGAGGAAGGGAUACAGAAGGUGGACGGUUCAGUAGUCUUAUCUUUGGAUCUAAUCUCACUGAUGUUGUAAUUACAGGGAACAAUGGCACAAUUGAUGGUCAAGGAGAGUUGUGGUGGAAAAAGUUCCGUGGUGGAGAACUAAAAUACACUCGCCCGUACCUGAUCGAAAUAAUGCAUUCGGAGAAUAUUCAAAUUUCUAACCUCACUUUGCUCAAUUCUCCAUCUUGGAACAUUCACCCUGUUUACAGCAGCAAUAUUCUUGUUCAAGGCAUUACAAUCCUUGCUCCUGUGACUUCUCCAAACACAGAUGGGAUUAACCCAGAUUCUUGCACAAACACCCGAAUAGAAGAUUGUUACAUAGUUUCGGGAGACGAUUGCGUGGCAGUAAAGAGUGGGUGGGACCAGUACGGAAUCGCAUUCGGAAUGCCAACCAAACAGCUCCUAAUCCGGCGACUCACCUGCAUAUCUCCCUUCAGCGCCGUCAUCGCCCUCGGCAGCGAGAUGUCCGGCGGAAUCGAGAACGUCCGCGCCGAGGACAUCGUCGCCAUUGACACCGAAUCCGGGAUCCGAAUCAAGACCGCCGUGGGCCGAGGUGGUUUCGUGAGGGACAUUUACGUCCGGAGAAUGACCAUGACGACCAUGAAAUGGGCGUUUUGGAUGACCGGAAACUAUGGCUCCCACGCCGAUAACGGCUACGAUCCCAACGCCCUUCCUCAGAUUCAGAACAUCAAUUAUCGCGAUAUGGUGGCGGUGAAUGUGAGCAUGGCAGCCAGAUUGGAGGGAAUUUCCGGUGACCCUUUUACUGGAAUAUGUAUCUCCAAUGUCACCAUUGGAUUGGCGAAGAAGCCGAAGAAAGUGCAGUGGAAUUGUACGGACGUGGGUGGGAUUUCGAGUGGGGUUGUUCCUACGCCUUGUGAGCUCUUGCCUGAGAAAACGACGUCGUGUGACUUCCCCGAAGAUGUUUUGCCUAUUGAUUAUGUUCAAUUUCAAACUUGCUCUUCCUCCUGUAGUGGAAAAAAAAAAAAGCAUUAGCAUUUUAUAUAUAUUUAUAUAUUUUAUAUAUAUAUAUGCAACAAAAAAUUUGAAUCAAAGAAAUGUUAUAGUAUAUAAUUAGAAAAUGUGACACUCCAUAUUAAAUUAUAUUAAUAGCUAUAGAUUGCAUAAA